AUGGAUGGCAAGGGCGACAUGGGUGCAAAGCGAAAGCGCAGCACGGCGGCCGACACCUCCGAUCAUCCCAACAAGCAACUCAGACCUGAGCCCGCAAUCUUGACUCCCUCCGAUGCGACACCUGCCAACGGAACCGUCUAUGAGGUCGAGGAGGAUGUAGAUGAAGCUCCUUCGCCAGUCGCCAUCCCCGCUACAACAGACUCGCCUGAAUGGCAAGCUACCAUUGAGAGGGUUGUGAAAUGCGCUGUCUCUAUUCACUUCUGUCAGACCUGUUCCUUCGAUACGGAGCUUUCCAUGUCCAGUCAAGCAACUGGUUUCGUGGUAGAUGCAGAGCGCGGCUACAUAUUGACCAAUCGCCACGUUGUCGGUGCUGGUCCUUUCUGGGGAUACUGUAUAUUUGACAACCACGAGGAAUGUGAUGUCCAGCCUGUAUACCGGGACCCCGUUCAUGAUUUCGGUAUUCUAAAGUUCGACCCGUCGAAGAUUCGAUAUAUGGAUGUCACCGAGCUUAAGCUCCAGCCAGAUGGAGCGCGAGUUGGCACAGAAAUCCGUGUCGUGGGAAACGAUGCUGGAGAAAAGCUGAGCAUUCUGUCUGGUGUGAUCAGUCGACUGGACCGAAAUGCGCCUGAAUAUGGAGAGGGCUACUGUGAUUUUAACACAAAUUACAUUCAGGCCGCAGCUGCGGCCAGCGGCGGUAGUUCAGGAAGUCCUGUGGUUAAUCUUGCUGGCCAUGCAGUUGCUUUGCAGGCUGGUGGUCGGGCUGACGGAGCUGCGACAGACUACUUUUUGCCGCUGGACCGCCCACUUCGGGCACUAGAGUGUAUCCGCCAAGCUCAACCUGUCACUCGUGGUACAAUUCAAACACAGUGGGUCUUGAGGCCUUUCGAUGAGUGUCGCCGUCUUGGUCUGACCCCCGAGUGGGAGGCUGCUAUACGUGCCGCAGCACCCACUGAAACAAACAUGCUUGCUGCGGAGAUCAUCCUUCCCGAGGGACCUGCAGAUUGUAAGCUGUUGGAGGGAGAUGUGCUUAUCAAGGUGAAUGGAGAGCUCCUUACGCAGUUUGUUCGUCUCGAUGAUAUCCUAGACUCGAGUGUCGGUGAAUCUGUCAAGUUGCUGGUUCAGAGAGGCGGUCAAGACGUUGAGGUCGAGUGUCAAGUGGGAAAUCUUCAUGAUAUCACCCCCGAUCGUUUCGUGACAGUUGCCGGCGCUAGUUUCCAUGAUUUGUCGUACCAGCAGUCACGUCUUUAUGCCAUUGCCACUCGCGGAGUCUAUGUCUGUGAGUCGGCAGGCUCUUUCAAGCUGGAGAACACCGCGGCAGGAUGGAUCAUUGAUUCAAUCGACAAGCGGCCCAUCCGUAACCUCAAUGAGUUCGUAGAGGUCAUGAAGAGCAUUCCCGAUCGCACUCGCGUGGUGAUCUCCUACCGCCAUAUUCGCGACCUCCACACAAAAGGAACUAGCAUCAUCUACGUUGACCGUCACUGGCAUCCCAAGAUGCGGUUGGCAGUCCGUAACGACGAGUCUGGUGUCUGGGAUUUCUCUGAUAUCGCCGAUCCCAUUCCUGCUGAACCCCCUGUCCCAAGAGAGGCCAAUUUUAUCCAGUUAGACGGCAUCAGUCAGCCUGCUGCUGCCGAGAUUGUCCGCAGCUUCGUGCGUGUAUCGUGCAUCAUGCCAUUGAAGCUGGAUGGAUACCCGCAAGCAAAGAAGACUGGAUUUGGACUGGUCAUCGAUGCUGAGAAGGGUCUAGUGGUAGUAUCACGAGCCAUUGUCCCCUACGACCUUUGCGACAUCAAUAUCACUGUGGCCGACUCAAUCAUUGUCAGUGCUAAGGUUGUCUUCCUACACCCACUCCAGAACUACAGCAUCAUCCAAUACGACCCCAGCCUCGUUAAGGCCCCGGUCAAGAGUGCCCAGCUCAGCACCAACUAUAUCAAACAAGGCCAAGAUACCAUCUUUGUCGGCUUCAACCAAAACUACCGCAUUGUCGUGGCCAAAACCACCGUCACUGAUAUCACAACUGUGUCAAUCCCCGCCAACGCAGCUGCCCCUCGUUACCGUGCAAUCAACCUAGACGCUGUCACCGUGGACACUGGGCUCAGUGCACAAUGUUCAAACGGUGUGCUCGUCGGCGAAGAUGGUGUGGUGCAGGCCUUAUGGUUGAACUACCUCGGCGAGCGCUCUGCAAGCUCUCACAAGGAUGUCGAAUAUCACCUCGGUCUUGCCACUCCAUACCUGCUUCCCGUCACUUCCAAGAUCCAGCAAGGUGAAGUCCCAACGCUACGAAUCCUGAACAUGGAAAGCUACGUUGUUCAGAUGAGCCAAGCUCGCAUCAUGGGCGUCUCGCAGGAGUGGAUUAACAAGGUCACCGAUGCUAACCCAUCGCGCCACCAGCUGUUCAUGGUGCGCAAGGUUGACAGCCCUCCGGCAGGCGUCAUCCCCGACCCCAGCACCAGCUUCCAAGAAGCCGACAUCAUCCUCACGUUGGAUGACCAGAUCAUCACCCGCGUUUCAGAGCUAGAUGUCAUGUACGAAAAGGAAACCCUGGAUGCGUUGGUCAUUCGAAAUGGCGAGGAAGUGCGCAUCCGCGUUCCCACGGUGCCAACUCGGGAUAUUGAGACAGACCGUGCCCUUGCCUUCUGCGGUGCUGUUCUGCAGAAGCCCCACCAUGCUGUUCGCCAGCAGAUCUCCAAGGUUCACAGCGAAAUCUACGUGAGCGCGAGAAGCCGUGGUUCCCCCGCUUACCACUACGGUCUUGCACCCACUAACUUCCUCACUGCUGUCAACAGCGUCUCGACUCCAGACCUGGACAGCUUUAUCCGGGAGGUCCGCAAAAUUCCCGAUAACGAGUACUUCCGUAUUCGUGCUGUGACCUUCGACAACGUCCCCUGGGUUGUUACCAUGAAGAAGAAUGAUCAUUACUUCCCCAUGUCCGAAUAUGUCAAGGAUCCCACCACCGAAUCGGGCUGGCGUACCAUCUCCUACGAGACUCAAAUUGGCGUGGCACCCGACGCUGUCAAUCUCAACCCGGAUGCCAUGGAUGAGGCUGCUGAGGGAGGAGCCAGUGACAUCGAGCCGGAUAUGCAGUAA